AUGUAUCCUAAUCAGCAAUACCCCGGUUACGGGCAGACAGGUAGCUCUCCUUACCCUCCAUAUCCACAACAAUCACCGCAAAACAUGGCUGGUGCACAACAAAACAACGCUCCCUACAGUAUUGGAGCUGGAUUCGUGGGAGGACAACAAUCAAAUAUGCAAGGAUCACAAGGUCAUAAUCCAGGUGGAUUCGGAGGCUCUGGCAACCCGUAUGGGCAAAGUACCGGAAAUCCAUACGGACCAAGUUCUGGAAAUCCUAAUGCACCGGGUGGUCCUGGUGGCUAUCCACCCUCUGGUCAACAAUCAUAUGGCAAUAAUCCAUAUGGUUCUAAUAGCAGUGGUCCAGGAUCGAGAUAUCCUCCUCCCCAGGGUGGUGGCUAUCCACCACAAGGUGGAGGUUAUCCACCACAAAGUGGAGGUUAUCCACCACAAGGUGGAGGUUAUCCACCACAAAGUGGAGGUUAUCCACCACAAGGUGGAGGUUACCCACAACAAGGUGGAGGUUAUCCACCACAAAGUGGAGGUUAUCCACCACAAAGUGGAGGUUAUCCACCACAAAGUGGAGGUUAUCCACAACAACCUGGUGGUUAUGAACCUCGGCCUAGUGGUUAUCCUCCUCAAGGUGGUGGCUAUCCAGGUCAACCACCACAAGGUGGCUUUAUGUCAAAUGAUCAACGUGCACAACAACUGAAUCAACUAGCUCAAAGAUAUGAAAUCAGCCCACAAAUAGCUGCACGUUUAAAUAUACUUGCGAAUUGCGAAAUUGUACUUUUAUGUGAUGAUUCAGGCAGUAUGAAUACGCCACUUCAAGGUACAAAUCAAUCACGAUGGGAUGAACUGAAAUCUGUCGUUAAUACAGUCGUUGAUAUUGGCGCUGUUAUGGAUUCUAAUGGUAUCGAUGUUUACUUUUUAAAUCGGGAUCCUAUGCUUAACGUAAACAAUGGGCAAACUGUGCGUCAUGUGUUUAAUUCACCACCACAAGGCUUAACUCCUCUUGUGCCAGCAUUGAGAAAAAUUCUUGCUGCUAAACGUAGUUUAACAUAUGAGAAAAAACUCUUGAUUCUAAUUGCUACGGAUGGAGCACCGACAAAUGAUCAUGGACAAAUAGAUAUUGGAACAUUAGAAGCUGUCUUACGUAAUGAACGUACACCACAAACCUAUAUUACAUUCUUGGCAUGCACGGAUGAUCUUCAAGCAGUAAACUAUCUAUCAAAUUGGGAUAAAUCAAUGCCUAAUUUGGAUGUUAUCGAUGAUUAUCGUUCGGAACGAGCUGAAAUUCAACAAAUUCGUGGACCAAGUUUUCCUUUUUCAUUUGGUGAUUAUAUUGUAAAAUCUUUAUUAGGUUCAAUAGAUCCUUGGUUUGAUUCAUUGGAUGAACGUGCUUGA